AUGAAUGCUGAAGUGUCGACUGCAGAGGGAUCUAUGGCAUUUAUGGAAAGCCUGACGAUAUCGCAACGUCUUUUUAAAGUAUCGGAAGAAAGACAGCGAUGGAUAGACAAGAGAGAUGCGAUACUGGUGCGCAAACAGCAACUUUUAAAGCUUCUUGAGCUUCAAACUUCAAAUGUUGCAAAAGACGCGAAAACUGGCACUCAAAAGGCACAGAACGAAGAAAGUAUCGAUAAUGAGGAGAGUAAUAGACUGAAGAAGAGGGAUGCUGCAGCGCUAGUGCGAAAGAAGGAGCUGACGAAGCUGCAGGCACGAGCAGAGGCAGCUAAAGAGAAGCAGCAGAUAGCGGCCACGAACUUGAAGCAGCUGCAAGCGAAGCGCAAGAGAGAAGAGAAGGAGAGUGACGAACAACCGAGGAAACUGGCUCAUAUGGAGAUACCAAAUACAGUCAAAGAAACUGAUGCUGGUCUUCAAAUGCAUCCUUUUGCCACUGCGCCAGACUUGGAUGUGGGAACUGCAGCACUUGCUGAGGCUGCGUGCGUUCGCAUUGCAACGCGUCAUCUCGUGCAGACACAUAGGAUGAUAUCACGAGAGAAGUUAGAAGAAACUUUCAAGAUUUACACGGGUAAAGAUCUGGACCAAGUCGGAGGGGACCGGUCAUCUUUGGAAUGCUCAUUGGCAUCCUGCUAUAUCCAAGAGCCUAGACGAACUUCUUUGCCCACGACCUCAAGGAGAUCUGCCUGCUGGCAGCCAGGGCGUCAAUUCUUAAAGACUCCGACAUUUAUCUCAUCUGAUGCGAGUCAAAUUCAGGCAAUGAUUGAAGUUGAGAAGGAAGUUGUUGCUGCUGUAUGUGACACACUACAAUCAUCAGAUAUGCGAGAGCUUAAAAGUGUAGAACUAGUCAAGAGGUGUCGGCGAGCAACUUUUUUGGAAAACUGUCUGGCUGGUGGUGCCACGACACCUACACUUUCAGCUUUUCUUUGUGCCAGAGUUGGCGUUGACUGGGUAAAGCCAACGGCUAGUUAUCCGUCUAGAUUUUUGGAUCGUUCGUAUGGACAAAUGACUGGUGUCUUUGAAAACAUGGAAAAGUGGCUGCGCGAGCAAAGCGAGCCGAUUGGCCCUCACAGCGGUUCCUUGCUAGGGUUCAGUGGCCCUGACAAGGCUUCUGGAGCUCCUGUCCCUUUCUUGUCGUCGAAAUACGCAAGACCGUUUUCUAUUGCAACAGAGUCAAUUGUGAGGCAGCUGAAGGGAGCUGAAACGGUGAAUUCAACGCCGUUUAAAACAAUUGAUCCCAUGAAAACGUUAUGUCACUUUGAAUUAAAUGGAGCUUGCAACGACCAGAACUGCUCGAACUAUCACUGGAAAGACUACGAACCUGUCAAAAGAAAAACGGACGACGUCAACCUCUGCAGUGCUGAUGAUAGUUAUGCGAAGGUCGUCAAACUAAAAAAUGAGGAGAAUCAGUUGCUGCUAUCCUUUGCUGAAUUUCGUGGGAGAAUUAUGAAAAAGUGGCCUGUGAUAACCACUUCAACACCUUUAGCGGUACUUGUCGGUAUGCAGGCAACAGAAAAGAGUGCUAGCGUUGUAACAGACGCGGUUAUAGCUGGCGAGGUUGAUGCAGCGAUGCCAGUGGCAAAAUCUAUGGCACGUCGCGAAGGAGAUUCUGGCGAGGACGAUGGUGACUAUAUAUCGCUUGAUGUGCAAGAAAAGCAUCCAGAGAUUGGCAAUGCUCGCUACUUCGACAAUCUCGACUCCAUAGACGGAAAUGGUGACAUGCUGCAAAAGAAAGUAGAAGAACGCCCGAAUGACACUAAUGCAUGGCUCCGUCUCGCUAUCUACCAGCUUGGACUUGAUGUUAGGAUGAGUGAUGAAGCUGUGAUCUUGUCCGAUCAGGACCGCCUCCAACAACAACUUCUUUUUCUUAGUAUACAGCUCAACUCGAAAGUCCACAAUGUCGCCUCUCGCAUUCUUAACGUCGAAGAGGAAAAUCUGAAACGGUGUUUGCAUACGCUUUCACGCGCUUUAGAAAUUGAAGCCAACGCGUAUUGUGAAGCACUUUGGCUGCUGUAUCUUCAUCUAUGCAAACAAGUGACCAGCAAACAAACAGAAAUUGAUAUGGUCGAGCAAGCUGUUCAGUUUUUGCCGAGUUCCCACGCGUUAUGGCUUCGUUACAUUUCGACUUACGACUUCGAUUCCAUGGGAAUGGCAGAAGGAAUAUAUUGGCGGCUUCUGGAACAUCUUGCUCGGGAAAGCUCAGCUGUCUCGACACCAAAUUCCAGCAAGAAACUGUCAGCUCUAUUGACGGCAAUAUGCUUGCAUCUUUGUAUGAAGCUGUGGAAUGCUGGUGCAACAUGUCGAACGAUCGAGUUUCUAUCAGCGUUGCUGCAAUUUGGCGACACGUCUUUGGAAUUCGGAUGGUGUACUUUAACUCGUGGCAAAUUACCCAGCGAAGACUUGAUAGUAUUUCAUUUAAUCUUUGCUCAUGUUCUGCUUUUCAAGGAGCUUCCCAGCAUAAUCGAGCAUUGGGUAGUUGCUAGCAAUGAUGCAAGGAUCCCAGUCAAAGAUAUGAUCUAUAGUUUUGAAUCAUUACAGCGUGGGUGGCCUGAUAUCGACGUAGAAGUGUGUGGUCGAGCUUUGACAGCUUAUGAGUCCGCAUUUCAACUUUUUGGAAAGGAGGGCAAAGAUGAACAAGAUGCGGGCAAUGCUAUACUGAACAACUGGAUGCUGGUACUCGCACAUCACGAUGAUGCUCUAGGUGAAGAAAACAAGAACCUGCAAGUGUUUUUUGAGAAGAAGCUCGACUUGAUUCAGCAGUAUCCUGGUGCAUCGCUAACAGCUGCAAAGUUAAUGGGGCGAACAUCGACUGGUGAAAAGCAGGCCUGCCAACUAAUGCUUACGAUGAUAAAUCGUAGUUCGCUCGCCACGUUUCCAGAAGCAUUCCACCAUUAUUUGUUUGCGUGUCGCCUGUUCCCAUCGCUCGUGGAUGCUUUGGAUAAGAUAUUUCCAAAUGUAUUGGAGCGCUUAGCGAGUUUUUUGGACGUUGACAUCAAUAGGGUCAAAAAAUCUAUCGAAGACAUUAUGCAUAGCACAUGUAAUGUAUCGAAAUCGUGUGCUUUGAAGGCAUUAUUGGAUAACCUACUGGCUGCAUGGAUCGACCAGCUCGCUUCGCUACGACGAUCGAACCUAGAUCAGCUCACAAGUCAACGGCCCAUAUCGCUUGCCGAUGUUUGUGUAGCAUUGGACAUCUGCUAUUUGAUGGGCAUUUUGCUGGAACCAUCCGGCGCAAUUGAAGGCAUUCAAAUGGUUUUAGGCUCGUCGAAUUUUGGCACUUUAUCUUACGAAGCACGGCAGCUUGCAUGGAUGCAAUGUUUUGUAUUCCAGGUGGAUCUACUACAACAGGAAAAAUUGGGUGGUCAGUCAUCUAGAGAGCAUCAAACGAAACUGACUCGUUUGUUUCGCAAGUACAUGGCAGAAAUGAGCGUGGAGACUGAAAUGACACGCCAAGCCUUAACGUACAUUCGGUACGAUAUUGCCAGAGAUGCUGUCGAUCGUGCUGUGUGCGCUUGUCUGUAUCCAGAGCGAAGCCAUUUAAUCACAUUUGGCGCAAACCUAGAGCUUUUUCAACUGUGCGCCAAUGCAGUAGCACAUCCAGAAAAGACUACUUUUUAUGCAGCAUUUACUGAUUGUUUAGCACUUUCACCAGAGUUCUCGCUUGGCUUUUCGGAUAUUGCUUUUCAUGAAUGGGAACUAUUGGCCGCGCGAGUUUCCUUAAGAAAAUGUUUUGUUGGAGCGAAAACAAAACAUUCUUGGAUACUGCAAGCCUUAGUUGCCAUGGAAAUGCGUUUAAGAAACAUGAAAGCAGUGUCUUGUCUUCUCAAGAGUGAGGUUGAAGCGGAUCCGCUGCGGUUAGAGCCUUGGCGUCUUAUCUUAGGUUUGGAAAUUUUAUUCGGAGAAACGUUGGAUGUGAGAUCGAAAAGUAUUUCGGAAGAAAUGGAAAAGCGACAGCUAGUGCUUGCAUGCAACACAUUUGGUGAUGAUAAAAUAUUGGACCAGAAGGAUACAUCGUGGAUUGGAGAUUUAAAAGCUGUGUCUCUAAAUCUGCGAGGCCUUGGUUUGAAGCGCAUUCCAAAUGCAGUCUUACUAAAGAAUCAGCUGGUAUCUUUGGAUAUUAGCGGAAACGAGUGUACAGAGCUUCCUACAGGCUUGCGUCAACUGCAAAAUCUUCAAGAACUCAAUGCAUCAGAAAACGCGCUUAUUGAGGUCCCUAUAGGCGUCAACGGUUUAACCCAGCUAAAAGAGCUAAGGUUGGCGCACAACAACAUUACCACAUUCCCGGUGCUGCCAAAACAUCUCAAUGUCUUGGAUAUUAGCUGGAAUGCAAUUUUGCACCUCCCUGCUCCAGCCUUGUUUUCUCGGACAGGCCUCAUUACGUUGCGAGCUGAGGAGAACGCAAUUCCAGUGGACGAGUUGUUGAAUAUCUCCGAUCUUUUGUUGAGUCAAGAGUGUGCCACUUUUCGUAGCUUGGCGUCGGAAGGCAGCUUAGAUGAGCAUAUUAAAAAACGCGAAGACAUCUUAACGAUGCAAAAGUCAAACGCUAAUCUGUUUGACAGCACAACUGUUCAACGAAGCGAGAUAUCAAGGACAGUUGUUGAUCUUGAUGUAGUGACACCGACAUCUGCAGAUGCUGAGAUGACCACUGACAAUUUGAACACCGGACAUAGUAGAACGGCAAAAAAAGGUGAUAGUGACCAAGUCGUGGAGCGUAAAGGUGCCCACGUUGCACGCAAGUCGAUAAUGCAUGGAAAAGAUCAAACGACGGUCGCAGACCUAGAUCAAGUUACGGUGCUAGUGGACACAAGCACUUUAUCAGCGUUGAAAGAGAACAACAGCAAUCGAGUAGUUGAAGAGCUCACUAAAAAUUCGUCGAUGAACGAGACGACCAUGGCGAGUAAAGCUGUUGAGCAGACGAGAGAUAUAAUCGAGGUAGACAGCUCGGAAUUAUCUGAAGACGAUGAUGAGGAUACGAUAGCCCCAGGAGGCCAGGCUGAAACUUCCGACAGCAAUACUGAGAGUUCGGCGGAUACGACAAAUAAUGUGAUCGAUUUGUCGAUUUCAACAAUUAAUAAGCCAACCAUGGCCAGUAUCGCUGAAGCCAAAGAAGUUGUAACAGCUGCACUGACUCGACGACAGCCUGGCCACGAAGGGGAAAUUGUUGUGCGACGAAAACUCGCCCAAUACAUGGAGCAUUACCGUAUUGAUAGCCGUGCCGAAGUCCGAGAGCGGAACCCGACCUUGUGGCGAGAGUUUUUUGCUGCCACCCUUCCUGUAAAUGUGGAGCUUCCAGCAUGUAGAUUGUGCUUCGCGCCGAACGAUGGCCACAACCAACGCUUUAACUCCACAGUACUCUGCAUGCGCUGCCUCGACGAAGCUCUCAUCGUACUGAAGGAACGAAAUGGACAAGUGGUAGAGGCGCAAGAGGAUGUCUAA